UUCUCUGCAUACGAACAUAGGGAUUAUCACCCAGGCAUGUCUCGCAGAGAAUCGGGAAAUCUGAUUGCUCCUGCGUCCGCCCCUUGAAGUCGUGCGCAAUGCCGAAGCCGCUCUUCUCCAGCCCCGACAUUGUGCUCACUGUCAACACCUCAAUCACUAGCAGACAGCUUGACAAUAAAGUGGAAAAACCCUUGUCUCUCCACACAAAAAAAUGGGAUGCAAACGUGAGAAAUGAAUUCGUGGCAACGUGGACGAGGUAAAACUGCCGCAGUAACUUCGCACGCCGCGGGAUGGAUCCUCAAAACCUUUCUCGUCAAAGUGAUCCUAUCUUCUGCAUCCAGUUAACAAUUUUACGACCCCUAAUGCAAUACUACGGAUGGAAUGAACAAGGAAGCUUUUUAUGGCUGCCCUGUCAAGUGCCGUUUACCCUGAUACGAAUUUUUGUUCGGAUGUUACGUGUAUCGCAUGCACUGUAGCUGCCCUCCAGACGGUUGCUGGUUUUGACAGUCGGUGCCGCAUGUCGAGCCGCUGUGGUCUUCAAUACUCACCUUGUCCAGAUUGGAAGGUCAGUCGAUGGCGAGUACCGUGUUGUCGCACGGUGUCCAAGCUCACCUUACUUGUCAGUUUUAUGCCAUCAUUUUAUUCGUGUGCUUUGGCCAAAAUGAACGCUGAAGAAUUGCGCGAAACGCCAAAGAAAGGCCGGAGAGGAGGUCCACGCCGGACGUCAGCUGACCGGGAGCAUGGUAGCGGCAAAUCACCACCAUCUAGCAAGGGAGUUAGAAGCAAAACCAAGCACCAUACAGCUCCGCUUAGACUCCCUCAUUCAGCGCUGUGUAAAGGUUCAUACCAGAUUGCCAAGAAAUGCACCACUGAAGGUCCAUUCGAUACCGCGUCAUCGCCGGAGGUGCGGAUGGCUGUCGCGCAGCCAAAGCGUAUUUGCUCACUUCGAGACACCAGAGACGCGGCUGAACAAUCCCGGGUGUUUUGUGGCCAGAACAGUCAUCGCACUAAUCCUUGUAAUCGGUUCCAAGGAUUAAGUGAGACCCUUCGACACAAGCUUAGCCUCGAGCGUCAGAAGACUCGUCACUUUGUCCUAGGCGGUGAUGAGGGGCAAGCGCUCGGCACAGCCCUUGAGCCAAUGCUACAAAGGUUCGACAUGGCAGUUCAGUAUGGCCCAUGUUGUGGCCUCUCCAGAUCGGAGCGUUGGUAUCGAGCAGACGAAUUAGGGAUGAAACCGCCACUGGAGGUGAAGCAGGCGAUACAGUUCACCCGCGGCGAUGCGUCUAUUUUCGAUCAACGAUUGUCCAGGUUUGGUGUCACAAAUCUGGAGAAGCACAAGUAGCCCGUUCGUUCUGUCUCCUGUCGUCAUCCUGGUACUUGCUGAGCGUCAUCUUCUGAACAAAAUCCAGCCUCUGUAGGUAUCGGUAUCUCUCGAGACGAAGAACCAAUUAUGCCUGUGUGAGAAUCUGACGUGGUGUACCACGUCAUCGCUUUCUGAAGAAGCCCCUCUGGUACCAAUACUGUGCGGGAGAGUGAGAAGCCAAUUGCAGUUUUUUUGCCGUUAGCUCUUGUGGCUUUUGAUGAGAGGGUAAGAAACAAUGUAAAGUCGAAGCUUGCUUUUGUUCUGUGUGGUAAGAGACUGUUGUCAAGUUGUUGUUCCAAGCAACAACUGCGAGCAGUUCCUGCAGGGGAUUUUAGUGAACUGCUCACAUCAGCAAUCAGGGCCUAUUAAGUAAGCAUUUUGCCCCAGACGUGACUGAGUAACUUCUACACAUAGAUUGUAGCAUUCCGAUGCUGUGGCACAUUUGUGUAGGGGGCUACGCAGAGAUUCAUGUUCAUACUCUUUGGUGGCAGGCUUUCACACAGACACACGACAGUUGAGAAAGCGCGGUGUAUCGACAGCGCCAUUUUGUCACCAACAUUUUCUUGCAC